AUGGAGGUAGAGAAAUGUUCAGCAGAACAGUAUGGAAACACAUCAUGCGAUUCAGACAAGCCAACACCUCCAAACCCUCCUCAGCAUCAGACUACCACCAGUAACCCCCCGGACGGCGGCUUCGCAGCAUGGACACACGUCGCCCUCAUGCACAUCAUCUUCUUCAACACCUGGGGCGUCGCCAACGGCUACGGCGUCUUCCAGGACUACUACACCCAGACCCUCCACCAAUCCCAGUCAUCCAUAUCCUGGAUUGGCAGCGCCCAGGUCUUCUUCCUCUUCUCCAUUGGUGCCGUCGCGGGGCGUCUCACGGACGCGGGACACUUCCGGGUCACGUUCGCCUGCGGCGUGGCGCUCCAGCUGCUGGGCAUCUUCAUGACUUCUCUUUGCACGGAAUACUGGCAGAUCUUCCUUGCGCAGGCUGUGUGCCUGGGGAUCGGUAACGGGUUGACCUUUUGUCCUGCCUUGGCCGUGCUCUCGCAGUAUUUCAAGAAAUAUCGAGCCUUUGCCGUUGGUCUUUCGGCUGCCGGGGCUGCUGUAGGCGGACUUGUGUAUCCCGUUCUGAUAAACCGGCUUCUUUUCUACGACAACUUCGGUUUCCCAUGGACUUUGCGGAUCAUGGGCUUCAUCAUGCUGGCUACUUACAUGCCCUGUCUCAUCUGGUUCAAGCCCCGUCUCCCACCACGCAAAACGGGCGAGUGGACGGACACAUCUGCCUUUCGAGACGUGCCAUUCCUCUUCUUCGCGCUGAGCAUGUUUCUUAACUUCUGGGGUCUCUAUUUUGCCUUUUUCUAUCUCGGAAUGUUUGCUCGGGAAAAGAUUGGAACGAAAGAGCCUAUCAACCUGCUCAUGGUUCUCAAUGGCGUGGGAAUCGUUGGGCGCAUCUUGCCUACUAUUGCCGCCGACAAAUGGGUCGGAAUGCUCAACAUGCUCAUUCCCAUGAGCUUCGCCGCGAGUUUACUCGUCUUUUGUUGGACUGCAGUCUCAUCAACAGCCGGUUUGUAUGCAUUCGCCGUCAUCUACGGCCUGAUAGCAGCAGCACUGCAAGCCCUUUUCCCAGCCGUCGCCACGACAAUGACUCCCGAUCCGAGUAGAACCGGAACACGCGUGGGGAUGAUUCUUGGGUUUGUCAGUUUCUCGACGCUCACGGGUCCAGCCAUCUGUGGCGCUAUCAUUGAGCAGCAAAAUGGAGAGUACUUGGGGGCGCAGUUGUUUGCUGCGGUUAGCAUUCUUUUGGGAGCGCUGAUGGCUUCGGCUGCGAGAAUUGCCAAAGCUGGGCCUGAUUUGACGACAAAGGUAUAA